CUUCUACGCCAGCAAAGCAGCACAACCUAAUCUCAGCUGCAGUGGUCACCUGCACACUCUCUCUUCCCCUUGCCCUUCCCCUCUGCCUUCUUUUUGCGCCUUGAGCAAGGCGUGUACAGGGCCGAAUCUCCGUCUCCAGACAUCAGGGUCUCAACUGCACUUUCGGCCAUGGCCCCAAACCGAUCAGCUUCAGGGCUGCAGACUAAGCGGUAUGCGCUGAUGACCGACCCGGUAUUUGGGACGAUAUGAACUAAGGGAGGCCCUUUAUUAACUCGUCGGCUCGCGGGGAAAUAUAAUCUCCUUGUCCAGGUUAAAAGCCUGGCUGCCAUUCCACCAAAAUGAUAUCUUGGAAGUCCUGCUAAACUCGCGCCUCGCCAUGCCUCCCCUCGGCUUAUUCGUCACUCUUUUAAGCCUGCUACUGCUCUCCCCUAUCCAUGGAUACGACCUUGCUCGCAAAAGACAGGCGAUAAAUGCCACAUACAAGGACCCUACUGCAACUGUCGAUGCUCGUGUUUCUGAUUUACUAUCGCGCAUGACGAUCGAAGAGAAGACCGCUCAGCUUAUCCAAGGCGACAUUUCGAACUGGAUUAACACCACCACAAAUGCCUUUAAUUAUAGUGGCCUCGUUGACAACAUGGCCCACAAGGCGGGCCAAUUUUACGUUGGAUAUCCGGUUCUCCCAAGCUGGAUAAGUGACGGUGUCCGGAGUGCCCAAGAUUAUUUGAUGCAAAAUACAACGUUGGGAAUCCCGGCUUUCGUCCAGACUGAAGGCAUUCAUGGGGUCCUCGUUGGGAAUUUCACACUGUUUAAUAGUCCCAUUGGAUAUGCUUGCUCCUUCGACCCCGACCUUGUAAGAGAAAUGGGCGGUGUGCUCGCCCAGGAGGCUCGCGCUCUUGGCAUCAACCAGUUGUUUGCACCACUCGCCGAUCUGGCCCGCGAACUUCGAUAUGGCCGAGUCGAGGAGACCUUUGGCGAAGAUCCCCAUCUUGUCGGAGAAAUUGCUUACAGCUACGUCAAAGGAGUUCAAGGCGGGGGUGUAAGUGCUACCGUCAAGCAUUUCGCGGGAUUUUCGGCACCAGAGCAAGGCAUCAAUACUGGUCCUGUGCAUGGAGGGGAGCGAGAGCUGAGAACCACUUGGCUGCCUCCAUUUAAACGAGCCAUCAUCGAUGCCGGAGCCUAUAGUAUCAUGGGUGCAUAUCAUUCGUACGAUGGAGUCCCUGCUGUUGCCGACCACCAUAUGAUGACGGACAUCCUCCGCGGGGAAUGGGGUUAUCAGUAUUGGGUAACGUCAGACGCUGGGGCUACGGAUCGCCUAUGUUGUACUUUCAAGAUGUGUCAAUGCAAACCCAUUGAUAUGGAGCAAGUCACCCUAUAUGCGCUUCCUGCUGGCAACGACGUUGAAAUGGGUGGUGGAUCAUACAAUUUCAAGACCAUUCCCCAACUAGUCAAGGCUGGGAAAUUGGACAUCAACAUCGUAAAUACUGCUGUCGCUCGUCAGUUGAGGGCUAAAUUCGAGCUUGGGCUGUUCGAGCAUCCCUAUCCCGGAGCUUCAUCAAACGAAACCACAUCAUUAGUGCAUACGCCGAAAAGUGUAGAGUUGGCCAGAAAGCUUGAUGCUGAAUCUAUCGUCCUUCUUGAGAACCAUGGCAAUAUUCUCCCUCUCAAGAAAUCUGCCGCUGUCGCGGUCAUUGGCCCCAUGGCUGAUUUUACGAAUCUCGGCGAUUAUGUGGUCUAUCGGUCGCAGUAUAAUCCAAGUAACGUCGACCCUCUCCAAGGUAUUCGAAAUGUUUCAACUGGCAAAGUUACCUAUGCCAAAGGAUGCGAACGUUGGUCCAAUGAUCAAUCGGGAUUCCCCGAAGCCAUCCAAGUAGCCUCAGAUGCUGAUGUGGCAGUUGUCCUUGUGGGAACCUGGUCUCGCGAUCAGCAAGAGCUCUGGCAGGGUUUGAAUGCCACCACCGGUGAACAUGUCGACGUCGCGUCUCUCAACCUUGUUGGAGCAAUGGGGCCCCUUGUCCAGGCCAUCAUCGAAACAGGAAAGCCCACAAUUGUCGUGUACCAGUCUGGAAAGCCGAUAUCUGAACCCUGGAUCUCCAACUCUUCGACGGCGUUGAUCCAGCAGUUCUACCCCGGAGAACAAGGGGGCAAUGCUCUUGCAGACAUUCUCUACGGCAAUGUUAACCCGUCAGGAAAACUUUCGGUAUCCUUUCCCUACGACGUCGGAACUUUGCCUAUAUAUUACGAUUACCUCAAUUCAGGUCGCUAUACAGAUCCCGGGGCCAUCUUGCCCAACGGAACCUUGAAGUUCGGGCACCAAUAUGUGCUCAACAACCCUCAGCCCCUUUACGAAUUUGGUUACGGGAAGUCAUACUCGUCCUUUUCGUACUCGAAUCUGACAGUGUCUCAAUCGAAGGCCUCUGCCACGGACACAAUUACGGCCUCUGUUAGGAUUACAAACACGUCGCCAGUAGAUGGGAAGGAGGUCAUUCAAAUUUACGUCCAAGAUGUGAUUUCUAGCAUCGUAGUACCAAAUAUACAGCUCAAAGGAUUCAAGAAGGUCCUAGUGAAAGCUGGAGAGACGGAAAACGUGGACAUAGAGCUCAAGGUUGAGGAUUGGGGGCUCUGGAACCUGAAGAUGGAGUAUGUGGUCGAGCCAGGCGAAUUCAUUCUUUGGGCUGGUAGUAGUUCGAAAGAUCUCAGGGGAAAUGCGACCGUGACGGUAACGUAGGUGUUCGUAAGAAUGCUAUUAUCAAGGUCGGGUAUGCGAAGAACCGGUCUUGCUUCCUAUUCUCGAAGAUAGCCUCCUUCAUCAUUAUUUACGAUGAUCGAAGCUUGAAUAGUUGCCAAAUCGCAAUAGCUG